UUUGGGCUUAGGUUAAGAGAGUUCAGAGGAAGACGAUCGAUGGAUCCUAGGAUAUGGCACAAAGUCGCUGCCGUUUUGGGUAUGGCUGCUCUUGGUUUAGGAACUUAUGGGGCUCAUGUCUUUAAGCCAGAGAACCCUUCUUACAAACAGGUGUGGCAAAAGGCUUCUCUUUACCAUUUGGUACACACUGCUGCUCUUGUCUCUGCUCCUAGCACCAAAUAUCCAAACAUUGCUCGUGCUUUCUGUGGGUUUCAAAAUGCCAUGGAGAACAUUCAAGUCACCCCCACGUAA